CGGCGGGGCUGCUGAUUGGCUGGAGCUGCGCAGCGCCUGCUGCCCCUUUAAGGGAGCAAAGCGGCCGCUGCCGGGAGCGGUUGGGCUGUGGAGCCCGGAGGAGGGUCGGGGCCUCGGGGAGCGGUUCCUCAACCUAAGCGGAUGAAUGGCGACUGUGGAUGACCUCAAAUUUCAAGAAUUUGACGAUGCAGCUAAUUUGCUUGCAGCGAAUCCUGACGCUACCACAAUAAGCAUCGAUGAGCCAGCUGAGAUCCCCAAGAAUCAGCACGGCCGUCUGCAGGAGCCAGGGAGAGAAGAGGAUGAUGAAUUACUGGGGACAGAUGACUCAGAUAAAACAGAGCUGCUUGCAGGACAGAAGAAAAGUGCCCCUUUCUGGACAUUUGAGUACUACCAGACGUUCUUUGAUGUGGACACGUACCAGGUCCUGGACAGAAUCAAAGGUUCAGUUUUCCCAGUACCAGGGAAGAACUUUGUAAGGUUGUAUAUCCGCAGCAAUCCUGACCUUUACGGUCCGUUUUGGAUAUGUGCCACACUUGUUUUUACCAUUGCUGUUAGUGGCAAUCUCUCGAAUUUCUUCAUCCAUCUGGGCAAACCAACAUACCACUAUGUGCCCGAGUUCCGAAAAGUGUCUAUUGCAGCAACAACUAUUUAUGCGUACGCUUGGCUUGUUCCCCUUGCUCUCUGGGGAUUCCUGAUGUGGAGGAACAGUAAAGUCAUGAACAUUGUCUCCUACUCGUUCCUGGAGAUAGUGUGUGUAUAUGGCUACUCCCUCUUCAUUUACAUCCCCACAGCGAUUUUGUGGAUCAUUCCACAAAAAGUGGUGCGCUGGGUCCUGAUGAUGUUCUCCCUGUGCCUUUCGGGGUCUGUUUUGGUGAUGACCUUUUGGCCCGCUGUCCGAGAUGACAACCGGAGGAUUGCGCUGGCAACCGUGGGGAGCAUCGUCCUGCUUCAUGCCCUGCUGUCUGUCGGCUGUUUGGCAUACUUUUUUGAUGCUCCUGAACUGGAUCUUCCUGCACCUAUUAUCCCUGCUCACAAUGGAACAACAGUAAUAACAAAGAGUCAGUAAAUAAGAUUACCAUGCCUGUUUUUUCCAUCUGUACAGUACUUUUAUUUUAGAUUAUUUUUUCACUGAAGACCAGGGAAAGUGCAAGAAUGGGGGCUGUUUUUUUUGUAGAAAGGACAGUGAUGUCCCCUGGGCAUACGGACAUCUCCCGGCUCACUGGGGACUGACUGGUUCCAGGAGGAGAGCAAACUGUUGAUCCUGAUCUUUCACCGCUGUUUUUCUUUUUUUUUAAAACUCUACCUACACUCACUGCACUACUCUGCCUCUGAAUAAAGCGUUCUGAAGGUGA